AAGCGAAGCUUCCAGUCUUGAGCAGAUUUUUCACCCAGUAAGGUUGACGUGAAUUGCAGAGCACAGAACACGACCAAUCAAACAUAUUGUCUCAGUGUAGUUUUUCACCUGGAAAAUUUUCCACUGUAUUUUCAGUUUUUCAGUUCUGUUUCCCCCAACAACAAAAAAAACCGUGCAAAGUUUCUUUUCCUAAUUUCAAUUUUACUUUUCCAAUGUUUGCAAAAGCAGUGACUGAAUAGAGCAGCUCAACAGGGCCUGGUGAUAGUUUUUUGCCCUAAAUCCGUGCGGGGGUUGUCCCCCAGAAAAGAAGUGUAGAAGAAAAAAGCCCCAGAAAAAAAGUGAAAAAGUGCCCCGAAAACUGGUUGGAAAGGAAGCAGCCAGUUGUCGUUGAAUCAAGAUCAGCAAGAUGGGAUUAAUGGAUACCUUCUAAGUAAGGAAGGCCAGCAUCUGUACCCAUAAAAAAUUUUCCGAACCAGGCACCAGGGAUUGUCGGCGGACAACUCCGUUAAAACUGAAGAAUCGAUCACAAGAAGAGAAGAACAACCCCCCAGUUAUUGUCUCACAGAUACUCAGACGGCGAGGAAGCAGCAUCACAACCGGGCAUCGACAACCGAGAGAAGAAGUAUAGCAGCGAAACUAAUACCCAGAGUACCCAUCACUACUUGUAGUAACUCAGCAAUCUUGUAGUAGGUAGUAGGCAGUAGUCCUCUGACAUCCAUCUGGAGCACAAAUUGACCCAAAAGACCGUGACGGAAGUCAGUUUUGCGCUCCUCACUUGAGCUGCGAGUCGUCCACCCACCAUCAUCAUCCAACUGGCUGACUGGCUGACUGGCUGGGAAUCGAGAAAGGAGGAUUGACGCAGCUAGGACCCCCCCAGGAAAAAUUGGAGGACGCAAGGGGCGAAAAACUUUAAAGUGAUGUAAUAAAAGCACAAUGUCAAAUAUUGACUUAUCGACGACAGUGGAAGAAGCAUGGACAAAUACAAAUAUUUCGAGCGCUUCGAAGGUGGGUGGUGGUUGUGGUCGGAGGAGCAGGAGGAGAAAGGCAAGGGCGUGGGAGGCAAAGGUACCGCAACUGCUGGUGCUGGGCCUGGUCACCGUUGUCCUGCUGGGAGGAGGACAAGGAGGAGGAACCAGCUCUAAUGGACCACUGGCAGGUGUCUCGGCCGAGGGCAAUAUCGGUUGCCUGUUUGCCGAGACGCUUUGCAUCGAACAUCUGGAAUGGUGCUACGACGAUUUCGCAUUCGGUAAAUGUCUGCCACAGUAUGGGCUGGAGCCGGAGGAACUUUUCCGGGACCCGUUGGACGAGGACCAGUCUCGCUUUCUGGCAAUCAUGCUAGAAGAUUUGCAGGGAGCCGGCAUCGGAUGGGAGCAUCCUUUCACCCAGUGCCGCAUGCAGGGAGCUCUGUUUGCCAUGCGAUCAAACUCGGAAAUACCCAGAAAUCUGUGUGCGAAUCUCGCUCCCGAUCCGGAAGUUUUGGGCCCCCAGAGCCCGCUAGCCUUCGUACGGUUUACUCCGCCCAACGACGAGUACGCCGAUGAGAUGUACUAUCCACCUCUGAAAAAAUCACAAGGUUUGUCUUCUUCUUCGUCCUAUCUGCCAGCAAUGAGCGAGAAGCGUUUCUAUCCGUCUGCUAUACAACCUCACAAGAAAUCCACCUCGGGAUUAGAAAACUAUCCGGAAACUUUGCUACCACUGAUCCCCAAAUACCUUCACACACCGAUCGUUGAAGAUAUGGAGCCCGUGGCACUUCCCGUGAGAGCUCCCCUAACAGACCUCCAACAGACUGAACAAGAACGAAGCACAUUGCACGACUUUCAGAAUCGAGCGGCUUUCCAGCGAAUGCUUCAACAGUUCGAAGCCAGUAAUCUUCCCAGAAUAGCUCAACCCUACCCGGCCAGUCCGGAUGUAACGGAUUACCUUGACGAUCCGACUCCGAACGAAAUCAAACAUUUCCAUCUGCGCAUCAAACCGCAAAUUUCGCUCAACGAAAAACGUGACCACUCCAUUUUCAAGGAUCAAAAAUCGGACACGGAUGACGAGAAAGCUUUGAAGAAGCUCGUCGAAAAGCUCACUCCAAUCGACGUUCCAGACUACGCCUUCAUCAACCAGAAAUCGUCUUCAUUUCGCGAAUACGCCAACAAACACCACAUUCCUAAGAUUUCGAACUUCGCUCCCGAAAAUGUCAACAAUGUAGCUCCGGGCAAAGAAAACCCAAACUUGGACAAGUUCUUCACGAAGUCUCACCACCAUAACAAUGACAUCAGUGAAAUGCCGCUCAACAAUAUCAACGAAGACCCACAGUUUGCUCCAUCCGAGGCCGGUCUCUACACCGAGGGUGGCUUCGUGUACGUUCCUAAGCCGGGAACUGUAAAGGGCAAAAACGACGCCCGAGCUCUGUUGGACAACAUACUAGGCUUCACUCGGCACGAGAGGCUCGACGUCAAGAAACCCGGUCCUCCGGCAGCUCCUCCACCGUCGGCCCAGAGCCCGAACGAACUCCCGAAGGAAGCUGUCCCGAACGAGAAGCAGAACGAAGUUGAUGUGGACUCUAAACGGCCAAAGUCCAAAAAGGAACUGCAUCUGCACAUGGACGAUAACCACGCGCCGCACUCGGUCGACACGGAAUAUGCUCACGUUAAUUUGAAGAAUCCAAUCGAUAACUGGAAGGAUGGAGCCAGAAUUGUCACCGCCCUGGCCGAAUUGCUUAAUAUGCAAGGAUACUUCACCCAUCCAAGAGUUGAUCGUCACGAGGUUUCGUUCCGAGUAGAGCCCAAUCCGGACAAGAAAACGGCUGCCGAGGUGGCUAAGCAGAUCAACGACAGUCGCGUUCGGAACAAUCUAUCCCGUCGGUUUGGCGUAAUGGUAACGGGAGCAGGUGUUGGCGAUAAAACCAAGGAAGACUCGGUUAGCAAGGAACGCAGCGCUAGCGAAGGACCCGACGUAACACACGUGAUGGCGUUCAUGUUUGCAGCCGGUGCCGCAGCUAUCAUCGUUAUCGUGAUCACCUUAUUCCUUAUCAAGAAGCACGACAAGAAGAAGGAUAAGCUAGGAGGAUUGCAGACGGGACUUCUGGGAGCCGACAGUUGCAGCAAAGAUUACCAGGAUUUGUGCAGAGCGCGGAUGGCCGGCAAAAAUGGAAGCAACGAUUCUCCGGGAGGUCGCAUAACAGCCUUGGCUAAGGAAACCGAACGACCACCGUCAUCCAGAUCUAGCACAUCAUCUUGGAGUGAAGAACCAGCACUGACGAACAUGGACAUCUCUACGGGCCACAUGGUACUGUCGUACAUGGAAGAUCAUCUGCGCAACAAGGGACGUCUGCAGCGUGAAUGGGAAGCUUUGUGCCGAUACGAGGCUGAACCCAGCGCUCGAGAUGCGGCACUUCAACAGCAGUGUGCUGCUUUGAACAGACCCGGAGCACCUCUGCCGUACGACCAUUCGCGAGUUGUUCUCAACCAUUUGGCGAACGCCGAGGGCAUGGAUUACAUCAACGCAUCCACAAUUUUCUUCCCCUUCCAGACGGAUCACGACCCGAGGGCUCCGGCUUACGUGGCCGCCCAAGGACCGAUGCAAUCGACACUGGCUCACUUCUGGCAGAUGGUUUGGGAGCAGGGAGCUGUAGUACUCGUUGCCCUUUGCCGUCUACAGGAGAACGGAGAAACUGCUUGCGCUCGCUACUGGCCAGAGGAAGGCGCCGAAGUGUACCACAUCUACGAGGUGCAUCUGGUGAGCGAGCACAUCUGGUGCGAUGACUAUCUGGUGCGGUCGUUCUAUCUGAAGAAUCUACGCACCGGCGAGACCCGUACCGUAACGCAGUUCCACUUCCUGUCCUGGCCACUGGGCGGUGUGCCGACUUCGGCCAAGGCUCUGCUGGACUUCCGGCGGAAGGUGAACAAAUCCUACCGGGGACGAUCGUGUCCGAUUGUGGUUCACAGCAGCAACGGCUCGGGUCGCACCGGAGCCUACAUCCUGCUGGAUCUGGUGCUGGGUCGCAUGAACAAGGGCGCCCGGGAGAUCGACAUUGCCGCGACCCUAGAGCAUCUGCGGGAUCAGCGGGCCGGGCUGGUAGCCACCCGGCAGCAGUUCGAGUUCGUGUUGAUGGCCGUGGCCGAGGAAGUGCACGCGAUCCUGAAGGCACUUCCGCAGAACGCCGGAGCCGGCGAAAAACGCCCCAGUGACCCACAACAGGAGAAGGAAGCGACGCUCAAGGAGGAAAAGGAAGCCGGAACAUCAUCGAAGGACGGAGAAGGGAAGUCGAAGGAGAAGGCAGCGGCGUCGGCGCAGAAGUAAACAGAAAAUGGGAAUGGAUAUUUGGAAAGGAGAAGGAACCUAGUUUGAUUUUGAUUUUUGUUAUGUUUUUGAUUGUUUGGACUUGUUUUUGUAGGUUUAUUUAUGGAACUGAGUUUCGAUUUUUGCCCCCCAAAAACUCGUUGCUCAAAGUAGAAGAUUACUCCUGCUGCACUGUCCUUUAGUUGUAGAAUGUAGUUUUACGAAGAACAAAGUUUUCAGUAUAAAGACUUCGAAUUUGAAUUUGCAUCCGUUCAAACAAUGUUUCAAAUGCACGGCCAGUUUGACAUUGCAUCUGGAACAAAUUUUCAUCAAUUUUGAGUUGUCGGAACCUGAAACACACGAUACUGGAAAACCAAUGCAAACGUCUUAGGGAAAAAUGAAUGAAAAAUACACAAAUCAUACGAGAUAACCGUUGUUUAAUCAAUCCUUAAAAAAUAUAGCAACAAAAAAAAGUGAAAAGAAAAUACAUAAUUAUUAUCUGUCAAUUUUGCAGACUAUAGUACUAGUGACUAACAUCAUUAAAAAAAAACAAAAUCAACAUAAUUACCAUUCCGUGGUGGAAAUUUUUCCCUUUCAGCAACAUUAUCGGAAAAAUUUCCCCCUCACAAGGAAACAAAGUUUUUUCAAGCAUCUAUUGGGAAACAUUUGAAGUUGACAACAUCAAAUUUCGUGGGAAUAAAAAACUGGCCACACUAUCCGACCAUCAGUGGCCAGCAGUGACAAUUUGAAUUUCAUCCAUCGACAGUCAAACAUGUAACAAACAACCAUUUUAGGGAGGAAGAAGUACUAGAAGAAUGAACCGCCGCCAGCCAGCGGAGUUCGGUUGUCCGGAAAAGAGUCAGAUUCGUUUAAAAACCAUUUAUUGUAUGUAGAAAAACAAAAAGAAAAGAAUUUAAAAAAUCAAAUUAGAGAAUCCAGAAGAAAUGUGGCCAAACCAUCGGCCAAACGCAAAGGUAGGAUAUUAUUUUUCGAGAAAAUUGAUCAAAAUAAAUAAAAAAAAAGUUAUCGACUAUAUAAACCCUUCCAAAGGGCAGCACACAAAGAUCUAUGUAUUAUCUGCAAAGUGUAGACACAGUGGACAGUGGACUUAACUAUAAAAAAAAACUUAAUAUACCCUAGAAGAUAUCAUCAUCUUUUGAUUGUUUCCGUAAACGAAUACAUACCAUCAGAAAAGAAAAUACAAACAAAACAAGACACAAAACACAUCACAAAUCAUAACCACAGCUCUAUAAUGUACUAACUACAAGAUACAAAAGAAGGAAACAUACACAUAUAAACAAAACAGAACAACCGAUAGCUAUUUGUGACAUCUAACUAAAACCAAGUUCACAUAUGUACCUCUAAAGAGAAACUUUUUUAAGACAAAGAUAUGAAUUUUAAAAAGGUAAAUCAAUAAAUCUUAUAAAUACGUUAGAAAUGAAGAUAAUCGAAUUGAAAAGUAUAUAUUUUACCGAGAGAAGGCAACGGUGAGGCAAACGAAACGCUACUAUUACACACACACACCCAAAGAUACAAUCAAAGACAGACAAGACACAUCAAAAGACAAACACAUCAUACGAAAGAAGUACUAGAUUCAACACAUCCACGUAGAGAAAGGUUCCCGGACUAGUGCUUCCACCUUUGGGUGGUUCAAGUGCUAGUUUGGAGGUAUUUAAAAAAGACCGGUGCAGCUAUUCUGUAUUUGUUAGGUUAAUUAGAAGAUGUAGGUUAAAGAGAGAUGGAAAAUGAAAGGAAGAGAGCCAAAGGAACGGUGCGCUGCCAGUUUACUGGCAACCAUGUUGGGCAGCUUGAAUUGAAAAUAUAUAUUUUUUGAUUCCUUAUUGGAUUUGAAGACGCCGAGGAAAAGAGAAGACUUCAAAUACAGAUUCUUAUUUUGACAAAGUCUAAUGACAAAUAGAGCAGAAAACCAUAUGCGAUUGUUCGAUGAAAACAGUAUGAUAACACUAAGUAGCUUUUAAUGAGAAAAGAAAAAAAAUAAAGACAAAAUAAUACAAACUUAUAUAAAGAUGGAAAUGGCUCUUCACGCAUUUCUUAGCUAUAUACAUAAUUAUUACACUAUGAUAAGUCAUAUACAUAUACUUACAUAUAUACAGUCAAAGUGGUACAUUUUCGCACGUCUCCAAAAAAGAAAAAAGGCAUAAAAAGUUUAUAUAAAUAAUGCAAAAACAUACAAGUGUAACCAUGCACAGACAUAAAAUAUAUAUUGGCUCACUUUUUUUUAAGGGUCCUGUCAUCGUUCUCUAAGCUUUCCAGCCAGUUUAGGUUCGUUGACAGGAGUAAUCAUCCAAAACUUUUAGCUAUUUUCCCUUUCGACAAACGCAAUGAUGGAGAAGGAGUUUGUUGAUAAAAAUAAAAACAAAUUAAAAAUAAAAACCACACGUUCAUCCCGCAAACAAAGACCGAUUUCCGGCAUAUACUAUGAAUGUAUAAUGUGAGUGUGUUAUUGUUUUAUUUAACCUUUCUUUCAAAUUUUCGGGGGCCAUACCGAAUGCAAAUUAAACUUGGAAAAUUUAAGCUUUAGAUCCACGUUGUUAUCAAUCCCAAUUUCCCUUUCAAAACCAAACCCAAAUGAGGCACGAAAUUGGACACUGUUUGCGGGAUACCAAAACGAUCAAUCGUGCAUUAUACAUAGUGAUGAUAAAUACCGUUUUUUUCUAGCCCUGGGGCCGUUGAUUUUACAAAAAAAAACUAAUUAUUAGAAACUGUCAAAAAAAGGUAAAUUUAAAAAGUAAAACCAACAACACUGCAGAGACUGACAACUGCUAGGACAACUGUCUAUUUAUUUUUGUAUAAGUUUACCACCUGUCAUUCUUCAAGUUGAAACUUUAAUCCACCGAGUGCAGAGCAAAAAAUGUUUCGGCGGAACUCUACAAAUGUUUUGAGUUAAUUGUUUCCGGCAUGGCGGGUCGUCAUAGCAACGGAAUUCGAUCGCUCAAGGGUUUGUUUUGAACACACUUUUUGAGACGGAAGAAUUUCCCAGUUCUAUGCGUUCCCUAUGCGUAUUGAAUAGUAAUAUCCAACUGAGGAAAAAUUGCAUUAACAACAACACAAAGUCUUACAAACCUAAAAGCAAGGGAAUGAACCUUAUAAAAUAUAUUUGAUGUAACAUGUUUUGAGGAAACUAUUCAUCCUGACGAUCCAAAUCCUACAUCCUAGAAGAUGGACACUUAAUAACACCGCAUAGCGUCUCGUAAAACACAACAAAUACAUAUACAAAGUUAUCCUAAAACUCACGCAUAUUAUACCAUCAUCAAAAUCACAUUUGGGGCAUCAAAUUAUACAUUAAUCAUUGUGUUUAUAUUCCAAGCUAAUGGAACCGUUGUGUUGCAAUCAGUUGAUGGAAUUAUACAUACAUUUUAGAACGCCGCAAAUUAACAUCUGGCAACACUGCGACUACUGACAAUUGACAUCUGUCAACUGUACAGUUCGGUCCAGUGCUGUCUUCUGCGGAUGUCAGUGAGAAGAACAUUGAAGGUGUUGAAACAAAAACGUUAAAGGGAAUAACCUAACCUUAGCGGAAAUGAUCUUAUAUUAAUUGAUAUAUUCUGUGGUAAAUAUAGAAAAGAUAAAAACAAAAAUAUUCAUAUAUUCUUGUGUAUAAAUGUCCACAAAACAGCAUCCAAAACAAACUUGUUAUCAGAAAACAGACACAGCAAAGCGAAGAGAAAUGUAUAUCAGCUUACUCUCAAAAUACAAAAAAAAACGAAACACAAAAGGGUGAAUAUCUGGGAUAUGUGCUUAAGUCAUUAACUGUGUAACUACUACAUGAUUUAAACCAUGAAAAUCUAACAAAAAGUUUACGUUGUGAAUUGAAAACACUUAUUAUGAGAAAUCUUAUUUAUUUACCAUAGAUGUAUUCUUAUUUCAAACUUCCUUCAAACAAACAAAAAGUAAACAAAUCACGGCGAAAGAGAGGCAGUAAACGAAACCAACCGCAAGCAACGUAAAAGGAAAUAACGGAAACGGUCAAAUGAUUUCAACAGAAAACAAAAUAAAAACGAAUAAGAAAGCCACAAAUCAGAUAUACAUAUGUACUUACUAUAUGAAUCAUUCUUAAAUACAAAGGAAAAACAAACUUUACAAUGUUUCUACACUUAACAAGAAAAAAGGGAAAACGAAAGUUGAAGAAGCAAAACCAAAAAACCACACAAACACAUCUUUCAAUAUCGAACCAAAGCUCGUAUUAUUCUCAAAUUAUUAAAGAACAACAAAACGCUAACACUCCCAGGAAGAUUCACAGCAUAACACAUACACUAGCAAACCCCAAAACCAAAAGAAUCCAUCAGAAGAGCAAAGAGGGACAGAACACCGGAGAAUUUUCCAACUGAAUUUUGAAUAUCAACAACCACCAUUUUCAGAGACCCCGUUUAGUGCUACUCACACAAACAAACACUUAAAGAACUUUAAUCUACCGUAAUUGAAAAAUGAAAAAAAAAACCAAAAAUGAAACAAAUCCUUAUUAACUGUUGUGUAAAAUGCAUUAUAUAUACACGAUAUAAAAGAGAAAUGAAACAAACAACAAAAUCAGAAUCAAUAAACAAACAGCAAAAAAUAAAUGCAAAUUUAAAAAAAAA